ACAGGGAAGGGAGAAGGACCAAAGGCAUGAAAUCGGUCUCUCCCCAGAUGCCGUAUUCGAGCGUUGCGAUCGCCAAUCCCUCCUUCAUAUGCAAAUUAAAACGUAUUUGAAACGACCAUAAUAUGUUUAAGACUACAAUGAUGCUACUUCCAUUCCACUAACCACUAAAUUGGACUGACCACCCCCAUCAUAAAAAAACAAAAACAAAACAGAAGUUUAACGGUUCAGAAGGAUUAAUAAUUAAUAAUUUGUUCCAUGAUGAAUUGAUUUUAAUUAAGGUCGAACAAGAGUCUCUCCAGGGCGAACACGUGUUCUCAAUCGGAAAAGUUCCUGUAACAUUAGAACUAAUUAAACCUCUCCUAAUUAUUCAGUGCACCACGCUUGGCAACUAUGCCACUGUUCUGUCAGGUAUAUGCAUAUUUCGUUAUUAUUAAUUUUGUUUAAUCUCUUCUGCUUGUGAUUUGCAGGCAUGCGGACAUCCAUGGAUAAUGCUACUACAGUUGAGAUCGCCAAUUCUCUCGUACCUUUGAAUGAAUUAGCCAGGAAGACUGUUCAAGAUCUGGAUCCAGAGAAUGAUUUGGUAUUUUUCAGAAUUCGAACUAUGAAGAAUGAAAUGAUGAUUGGUGUUGGGGAAGACAAUCUUUACAUUGUAAUUCAAGAUGCACGCUUUAUUCGAACUCCUCUGUCUGCUCAAUAGAUGUGUUUAGUUUUAAUCAUAAGCAAGUGAAUCGAAUAUAUUUCUUUCUUAUACAAUUCAUAAAUAGGACGAGUAAUUUUAAUUCGCAAACAUGGAUAAUUUUUUGCUUGCUGUAAUAUGAAAAUAUGAUUACUUUAAAUAUGAAAGUCUAUGGAAUAAAUAUGGAAAUUUUCGAUGUAGCUAAACU